AUGUCUUGGAAUGUGAGGGGUCUCAAUACCCACCAUAAGCAGAGUGAGGUUAAGAAGUUAAUCUCCUAUCAUAAGGUUGGGUUGAUUGGGCUCCUAGAGACAAGGGUCAAGGCUCAUAAAUUGGGAGCUUUGUACCUUCAUAUGUUCUCGGGUUGGUGUUUCAUUUCGAAUAAUGCGUGGCAUAAUGGAGGUUGUAUUGUGGUGGCUUGGAAUCCUAUUAUGUUUUCGGUUUCUAUCAUUAAGUGCUCUAGCCAAUUAAUUCAUCUUUUGGUUAGGCCUCUUGAUAAAGGAAAUGGUUUUUAUGUCUCAUUUGUGUAUGGUUUUAAUGAAGAGGAAGGACGGGUUGGGUUAUGGAAGGAAAUAUCUGACUGUGUCACUCAAGAGCCUUGGUUGGUGCUUGGAGACUUCAAUGAUAUUUUACAUAAGGAUGGGAGGAUUGGGGUGAAGGUAAAGUACAGUAAGUCGGUGGCUUUCCAGCACUGUAUAGAGAAGUGUAAUUUGGAGGAUGUCAAGUUCACUGGAAGUUUCUUUACUUGGACUAACAAACAGCAAGGAGAUGAUAGAAUUUACUCUAAAAUUGAUAGAGUUAUGGCUAACCAGAGAUGGCUUGACUGGUAUACUGCAGCUGAAGUUCAGCAAGAUUGGAAGGAGGUGGUGUUUGGAACCCCAAUGUUCCGAGUUGUGAGGAAGUUAAAGCGAUUGAAAAUUUUACUUAAGGAGCUGAAUAAAAAGGGAUUUAAUGAGCUUCAUUCGACUCAUAUCAAGGCUUUGCAGGAUCUCAAAGAGUGCCAGGACCAUUUAAAAGAAGAUUUGCUGAAUGAGCUGUUGAUAGUUCAAGAAUCACAAGCUGGGAAAAAAUAUUCAGAGGUACACAAAUUGUAUUGCUCCUUUCUUCAUCAAAAAGCAAAGGUUAAAUGGCUGCAAGAAGGAGAUGAGAAUACAACAUUUUUUCAUGCUAGUCUUAGGGAUAGAAUAGCUCAAAAUAGAAUAUACUCGGUCAAGGCUGAAACAGGUGUUUGGGUAGACAAGCCAGAAGAUGUUUCUUCUGUUUUCCUUUCUUAUUAUCAAACUUUAUUGGGGUGCAAGCUGGAAAACAGAUUUUCAGUUAAUAGGAAUGUGGUUCGACAUGGGCGGGUUAUGACUGAUAUUCAAGCUAGGCCUCUGCUGGAGCAUUAUUCUAUGGAAGAUGUAAAGCAAUAUGUUUUCUCUAUUCCUGGUAUAAAAGCUCCUGGUCCGAAUGGGUUUAUUGCUCACAACAUUAUGAUAUGUCAAGACCUAGUGCGCCAUUAUGGUCAGAAAAAAUGCAAACCUAGUUGUAUGAUCAAGCUUGAUCUUAGGAAGGCUUAUGACACUAUAGAAGGGGGAUUCAUAGAAGAAAUGCUUGAUGCUUUGCAAUUUCCUGGUGAGUUUGUUCAACUUAUUAUGAACUGUGCUUGGACUCCUAGAUUUUCAUUGAUGUUUAAUGGUGAGUUGCACGGUUUCUUUGAAUCCAAAAGAGGUCUAAGACAAGGAGAUCCCUUGUCCCCUCUUUUAUUUGUCUUAGGCAUGGAAUAUUUGUCCCGAAUUAUGGGGAAGGUAGGGGAGAGAGCUGGAUUUAGAUUUCAUGAUCAUUGUGAGGAACUUAGGCUGAACCAUCUUAGCUUUGCUGAUGAUAUAUUACUGUUCUGCCAUGGCGACUUCAAAUCGGUCUAUCUCAUUUUGCAAGGAUUGAAAUUAUUCUCCAAGACCUCGGGGUUAUUCCCUAGUGAAGAGAAAUCAGCCAUUUAUUGUGGGGGCAUGGAGGAAACUAAGGUUCAGCGUAUUUUAGAUGCCUCUGGUUUUCAGCGAAGCUCAUUGCCUUUCAGGCACUUGGGAGUGCCUAUUUGUGCUAAAAAAAAUUCUGCCAUGGAGUGUUCGGUUCUCCUUGAGAAAAUGACUGGGCGAAUAAGGCAGUGGAGCACUAGGAACUUGUCUUUUGCUGGGAGGAUCACUCUUAUCAAUUCGGUUCUUAUCUCUAUUCACUCAUAUUGGAGCCAGCUUUUUCUUAUCCCGAAAAGAAUCUUGAAGGAGAUUAAUGCUAUUUGUCGGGCUUUCCUGUGGCACGGGACAACAAUUAGUUCUAAUUCAGGAGGGGUUGCUUGGGAGAAAAUCUACCGUCCUAAAAGGGCUGGAGGGCUUGGCUUCCGAAACAUCCUGGCAUGGAAUAAAGCAGCUCUUGGGAAGUAUGUCUGGGCAAUUUCUUCUACGAAGGAUGACUUGUGGGUUAAAUGGAUAAAUUCUGUGUACAUAAAGGAUCAGGUUUGGUGGGACUACUCCGCCCCAGUGCAGAGUAGCUGGUACUGGAAGAAAGUUGUUGCUGUCAAGGACACUCUUAAAACUUUGGUUGAUGAGUAUCAGUUCUCAGUUGGUCCUUAUAGAAUAAAACAGGGUUAUGAGCUAAUCUGGCCAGAAGGCGAUAGUUUUCAAUGGAGUAAGGAGGUUUGGAGUAGAUUUAACAUACCCAAACACAGGUUUAUUUUUUGGUUGGCUGUCCAAGAUCACCUAAAAACUAGAGAUAGGCUGUUCAAGUUUGGUAUAUUGCAGGAUUGUGCUUGUCUCCUGUGUGGAGUUGAGAAGGAAUCUGCUGCUCAUUUGUUUUUUGAGUGUACUGUUAGCAAAAGAUGUUUGCAGGAAGUCAAAAGCUGGCUCCAUUGGCAAGUUAAAUCUGUUUCAUUGCAGCACCUGGUUAGGUGGAAUAAUUGUUCAAAGAUUAGCAAAUUCAAGAAGCUCUGUUUUGCUGCUUGCCUUGCUGCACUGGUGUAUCAUCUUUGGCAGUCCAGAAAUAAUGCCUUGUGGUCCUUAAAAGUAGCUAGAUUAGAUAUAAUUGUAAAAAGGAUAACUGAAUCUGUUAAAAAUAGAAUCUUAUUUGUUUGGCCUAAACAUAUUGGUCAGGAAGAUAUAGAAUGGUUUGAGAGAUUAUAG